CCUGGCCCCCAGCCAGAAGCAGGCUGAGCCGGUCCUAGGGGCGUGGUGACGACCAGUCACAGAGCCAGCCUAUACCAGCCCGGCAGGCAGUGAGGCAGCCCAGUCCUCUGGGGACAGAGCUCGUGGAAGCCGGCGCUCCGAGCAGCAGUGUGGCCAUGAGCCCUGUGCUAUACUACGCCUUGCCCACUAUGGGAUGCUACAUCAUGCUCUCCCUCUUCCUCCUGCGUCGGCCGCGCCUGCUGCAUACGCCCUGGGUUAGGGCCUUCGAGUCCAGCCUGGUGGCUCACCGAGCAGGCUCUGGAGAGAAGCUGGAGAGUACCAUGGAAGCCAUGGAGAACUCCAAGGCCCAGAGAGCAGACCUCCUGGAGCUUGACUGUCAGCUGACCAGGGACGGCGUGGUGGUGGUAUCCCACGACAAGAACCUGUUACGCCAGUCUGGCCUGAAUCAGGAUGUGGACAGUCUGGACUUUGAGGACCUGCCUCUCUACAAGAAGAAAUUGGAGGUCUACUUCUCCCCUGGCCACUUUGCUACCGGGUCGGACCGGCGCAUGGUGGCCUUGAAGGAUGUGUUCCAGAGGUUUCCAAGGAUGCCCAUGAUCGUGGAGGUCAAGGAGGAGAACAAGGAGCUCAUUCACAAGAUAGCAGACCUGGUCCGGCACUUUGACCGAAACAAGAUCACCGUGUGGGCCUCGGAAAAGAACUCAAUCAUGCAAAAGUGCACGGCGGCUAACCCCGAGAUGCCCUUCUCCUUCACUGUGUUCCGCGGAGUCUGGAUACUGCUGCUCUAUUACCUGGGGCUCCUGCCCUUCAUCUCCAUCCCCGAGCGAUUCCUUUUGAUCUUCCUGCCCUCCAUCAUCAACAGGACCUACUUCCCGUCUUCCUCCUCAACGCUGAACCGGCUGUUGGCUGUAGUGUUAAAAAAGAUGAUCAUGCGGAAAAGUCUGAUCCAACACUUGGAGGGCCGAGGGAUACAGGUGGUCUUCUGGUGCCUUAAUGAAGAGUCCGAUUUUGAAGUGGCCUUCGGCCUGGGGGCCAGUGGUGUCAUAACAGACUACCCCACCGCCCUUAGGCGCUACCUGGACAACCACAGAGCAGGGGCUGGGGCCCCCCACACCUGAAGGCCCUCUUUCUCGCCUGCUUUUCGUUCCCAAUAAGUCGGCCUCAGAGAGGAAGAUGGUCAAGCAGAUGGAGUGACACGGGGACGGCAGUAAUGGGCUCAAACAUAGCCACCACUGUGAGGGCGACACGGGACCAGACGAGGUUCCAUUCUGUCGCGCCCGGGGGUCACUAGGAGUAGGAACUGGCCUGAUGGCCCUGCGCACAACCACAAUAAAUAGGUACUUUUUA